CUUAAAACUGACAGAAGUUUAAGACUGCAAUUGGCUCUCUUGAUAAAGGGAGGACUUUGAACGCACACAACUCGGCUCAGUCACAAAGGAAUUUCCACAAGAAUCUGAGGGCGGUGAAGGCUUACACAAGCAUUCAUAGAGAAAGUGUUGGGGGGGUUUAUGUCCAUUGUUUACUUACAUUGCCUCACUUUUUCCUUCUUGUUGGAUUCAGUGAGCUGCAGACACAGAAGAGAGAACAAUGUGGAAAUCUGCAGUGUUUUUGUUCCUGCUUCUAAACGUGGAUAUGCAAGUAAGUGGUGAUGUAGAUAAGACCGUGGCAGAAAACUCCAUACCAGAGAAGCUCAAGACAGAAGAGGCUGCAGCGACCAGCAACAAGCCUGCAAGGGACAAUGCUUCUUCCGGUUACUUGGGCAAUUUGCUGGUGGUACCCAUGGAUGGGAGUCACUGGGUGGGUAUAAAGGCCAUAGCCCAAGAAAUGGGUCGCCGUGGACACCGGGUCACCGUGGUGAUACCAGAGGUCAGCAUUCGGAUGGGUCCAGGAAAACACUACGAUACCUUGACCUAUCCUGUUCCUUAUGACCGGGCUCACAUUGAUUAUGUCAUGUCUUCACACAUAGACGUGAUGAAAAAAUCAGCACAGUCUUUCACGGAGAAGGUGGCGACGCGAUUUUCGCAAAUCAAGAAAAUUACGGGCUUCAUCCACACCACAGCAGAGAGCCUACUGUUCAAUGCAAAUGUCAUCUCACAUCUGGCACAGCAGAACUUCGAUGCCGUCCUAACAGACCCCAUGGUGCCCACAGGUUCUCUUAUAGCUCGGAAAUUGGGUCUCCCCACAAUAAACUUGCUGAGAGGAAUUCCAUGUUCCAUGGAUAUGAAGUCUGCAGGCUGCCCAUCCCCUCCCUCAUAUGUGCCACGCUUCUUUACAAAAAACACGGAUAAAAUGAACUUCAAGGAGAGGACUAUCAACACUUUGGUGGCUUUCCUGGAGCCGCUGCUUUGCAGACUGAUGUACUGGCACUUUGACAGUUUAGCCUAUCAGUUCCUGGGGGAGGAGGUGGGCGUGGCUGAAAUACUGUCAGAAUCGGCUAUCUGGCUGCUGAGGCUUGAUUUCACGCUGGAGUUCCCACGGCCACUCAUGCCUAAUAUGGUGCUUGUUGGCGGAAUUAACUGCCAUGUGAGGAAUCCUCUGCCUGAGGAUUUGGAGUCCUGGUUAUUAGACGGAGAACAUGGGUUUGUAGUGUUCACUCUGGGCACCAUAGUGUCAGAUCUGCCUGAAGAGAGAACCUCUGUCUUCCUGGAAGCCUUCAGACAGAUUCCACAGAAGGUCGUAUGGAGAUACACUGGGCCGGUUCCCGAUAAUGUUCCAGAAAACGUGAAGUUUAUGAAGUGGGCUCCUCAGAAUGACCUGCUAGCGCAUCCUGGAGUGCGGGCGUUCAUCACACACGCCGGCUCACAUGGUCUGUUCGAGGGACUGUGUCACGCUGUUCCCAUGGUGAUGGUGCCACUUGGGGGGGACCAGCCUGACAAUGCGCAGAGGUUGGCGAGCAGAGGAGCCGGACUCGUGCUGGAUAUUUUUGACAUAACUACAGAGAUCCUUCUGCAAGGACUGAAUGAGGUCAUCAACAACACCAGGUAUAAAGAGAACGUGCAGAAGCUGUCUGAUCUCCAUAAAGACCGGCUGGUCGACCCACUCGACCUCUCUGUGUACUGGACAGAAUAUGUGAUGCGGAACAAAGGGGCAAAACAUCUUAAAGCUGCCGUCCAUGGCCUCAACUGGAUCCAGUACUACUGCCUGGAUGUCAUAGCACUACUGGCUACUGUAGUGCUGUUUUUUGUAAUCCUGACAGUAAAAUGUUUUAAACUAACCUUUUGGAAGCUGAGCAGGAAGAGAAAGCAGGACUAGUCGUUCCAUAUGUGCAUGUUCAA